UAUUGAUUGCUCAUGCCUGCCUUUGUGCUGUAGGGGGUGUUCUCGCGCAAUUCUUUCCAGUCGUGAUGAAGCCAUCAGUGGAGGAACGCUUGUGUUGAAUCACAGUUAUUGUUUCGUCCCCCUAUUCAAAACAUGGCCAAGUAUGCAGUCAGGAUGCCAUCCCACCCACCGGCAGAUCUGUUCAUGGGAUCCCAGGGACUCCACCCACCAGAGGAACAGUUCAUGGGAAUGCGCCCGAGGAUAUUGUGGGUAGGAUAUGUGAACUACGUGCCCUUGGUGGGCACUUCUGCUGACAUGGUGGACGGCUUCAUUGCGCUGCUCCAAGGAGACCGAAAGACUGCGGAGGCCAAGGGCUAUAAGGCCUUCCUGGAUUCAGCUGGAAUCCAUGACCUGAAGGAAUCCAUCUUUCAGAACGCCAAAGGCCAGACAGUAGUCGGGUGCAGUGCCAAAGUAUCCAAAGAUAUAAAUGACUACAUUUUGCAAGCAGUUCAAAAACCAGGGGCGAGCGCCUCCAUCAAAGCUGCAAAGGCAGCCCAGGCAGGUGCAGAUCUACACAAAGACCUUUCCACGUCUUUUGAGACUCUCAGGGGUAAACUGAAAGAACGUGGUAUAGACUUGCUCAGAGAUGUGAUGCAGAACAAAAGGUCUAACCGGGGAGAACACGUUUUCAACAACGCUCUGCUUGGGUUCUAUGGGUCGAUAAUUGAUUUGUUCAUUGAAAGGCACGUCACAAACGGUAACAGAGUGACGUUGGUCGACCGUAUCCCAAACAGCAGUGUUAGUGACGCCUUCCAAGGGAACGCCCCAGAUGGCGAACACAUCAACUUGACAGCUGAUCAGAGACGAAAUAUUAGAACCUGGGUAGUUCACAUUCCGGACAAUGUGGUAUAUAUCCCAAUCAACAACAUUCUGUUUUCGUACAUGAUAGAGAUCAUUAGGCUCAAUGCUGUUGACUACAUGCAUUUAUUUCGUCUGCGUGAAAAUAAUGAGAAUGUGUUGCGUAUUCUCGCUCAAUCAGUAGAAUGGAUGAAUAUGCAUCGCGUUUAUCUGGACCCACAGGCCGCGGAAAUUUGUUUUUUUCAAAACCCAGGUCAUAUUCCUCAAUUUCACAUAACUGAAGACGGGGUGCAACGUAUGCUUAGGGACCUGGAUCCCUACAGGUCGGGCAAGUUGCGUGAUUUUGUGAAUCAACUGACACUGGCGGGUGCAGGUUUUCAUUAAUGGAUUGUAGCAGUCCUUUUUGUUCAGUGUGAUAAUUUGAAAACGCUUAGCAGCCAAUGCAAAAAGUUUAUUUUUUUGUCACAAAAUAAGUUUCAUGGUUUAUUUUUAUCACACUGACAAAUAAAAAUACUGUUUUCUUACAAA